UUAUCAACUUAAAGAAAUUACAUCAUCAUGGACAUGGACAAACAUUUGAAGGAGAUUCAAGAGUAUUCUCAGGCUGCUCCAAAGCUUGGUAAUCAAUACACCUCUGAUACAGCGCUCAAGACAUAUCUUUCUGCUUAUAUGCCAGAAUCAGUACUUCAGUACAUAAAGCCUGAUUUAAUCCAAUUUGGAGAAAAGGUUGCUGGAGAAUAUCUUGAAAUGGCUCAUCUCGCUGAAGACGAAAAACCAUACCUUGUAAAGCAUGAUGCAUAUGGAAGGAGAAUUGAUGAAGUCCGAACCUGUGAGGGGUGGAAAUUCUUCAAACCAGAAGCAGCCAAGGAAGGACUCAUUUCAAUCCCAUAUGAAUCCGAACUGAAACAGUAUAGUAGGCUUUACCAAAUGGUAAAGCUUUAUCUAUUCGCUCCUAGUAGUGGACUCUUUAGUUGCCCUCUAGCAAUGACAGAUGGGGCUGCUUUCACCAUCAGAGAAUUACAGAAAAUAACAGAUAUUAAAGAUUAUUCACACUUGGGAGAAGCUUACAAACAUUUGACAAGCAGAGAUCCAUCCGAAUUCUGGACUUCAGGCCAAUGGAUGACAGAGAAGAAGGGAGGAUCUGAUGUCUCUAAUGGUACAACUACACUUGCAGAGAAAAACCCUUCUGGAGAUUAUAGCCUCUAUGGCUAUAAAUGGUUCACAUCAGCCACAGAUGCAGACAUGACUUUAACAUUAGCUAGAGGUAUAAAAGAUGGGAAUCCCAUUCCAGGAAAGAAAGGACUAAGCUUAUAUUUCUCAAAAAUCAGAGAUGAUCAAGGGCAUCUGAAUAACCUUGAGGUUAUCAGACUCAAAGACAAGCUUGGAACAAGGCAACUCCCAACUGGGGAAAUCUUGUUAAAGGGAACUAUUGCUGAGAAAAUAGGAAAAGAGGGUGAGGGAGUCAGAUUUAUCUCAAAUAUGCUUAACAUUACCAGAAUGCAUAACUCUAUCAGUGCAGUUAGUAAUAUGAGAAGAAUCAUUGCUCUUGCAAGGGAUUAUUCUCAUAAAAGAGAAACAUUUGGCAAAAAGAUAGAAGAUCAUGACCUCCAUUACAGAACAUUAGCAUGGAUGGAAAUGACCUUCAGAGGAAAUUUAAUAUUUUUGAUAGAUAUGGCAUCAAUGUUGGGAAGAAUUGAUGUUGGAAAAGAGAGUACAAAUGAUAAAGUUCUUUUCAGGCUACUUACUCCAGUUAUCAAACUAUUCACUGCAAAGGAUGCUAUGAAGCUUACAUCUGAAGGACUUGAAUGCUUUGGUGGACUUGGAUACAUGGAAAAUUCUCACCUACCCUCAAUUUUCAGAGAUUCUCAAGUUCUCCCAAUUUGGGAAGGAACAACCAAUAUUUUAUCUCUUGAUCUUCUCAGAGCUAUUAUAAAAUGGCCUAAAUCUCUUGAUGUCUUAUAUGACCAUCUGUCAUCCCUUCUUUCUUUAUUCGACAUCAAAAACAUCGAUCAGCCAUCACUCAAAGAAGCUGUUGAAAAGCUAUCGGCUCGCCUUGAUUCUUGGUAUAAAUCAACAAUAAAUAUCGUCAGAAACAAGCAGUAUAUGGAGUUCUUUGCUAGAACUCUAGCCUUCAACAUCUCUUUGCUCUACAUUUGUCACAAACUAUUAAUGAUGUACCACAUCACUAAGGGUGAUAAGGAGUUCGAAACUCUCCUGUUCUGGGUAAACAGACUUGAGAAGGAAUACGAGGCUCCAAAGGAACCCAGAAUGUAUGAAUGCUACUCUGCUAGAGAGAAAAUGAUGGGCCUAGAUAAACCCACUAGUGACAACAAGGAAGAUUUGACAGCCAAGAUCUAAAAUCCUUUCAAUAACUUCUAUCAACUAA